UAGAAAUAUCGAGAACAAAGGCAAUCGAUUUUUUGGUGCUGAAGCUGGAUAACACGCAAUGAAAUGUUUUUAUGGAGAAAUGGGGAGCUGUGAUGGACUCUCUAAAAUAUCUGGCGUUGUGUUAGUGCUGUUGGUCUUAUUUAGUGAGGUUUCUGGUAUAAUUUGUCCCAAAACGGGAGAAAGCUGUGAGUCGUGCUGUGAGGGUAGGUGUUGUAUGGAUGAUGAAGAGGCUGUGUCCUACACCUACAGAAUCUCCUUCUGGAAUCUCUGGUAUUUCUGGUUUGUUGUUUUGUUUAUUCUAAUGUCCUGUUUUGGAGGCUGUGGAUACUACAAACACAGACAGCGCCUCCUUAUGAUGCCAAGAGAAACCUUUGUUCAUAGAGGACGCCCUAAUGCCAGGAAUACCCCAGGCUUUGGCAAUAUGCCAAAUAGGCCUCCAGCAACGAUUAGUAAUUCUAGGACAGAACAGUCAUCUGUCAGUGUCUUGCCCCCACCAUAUUCAGAGGUUGCUAAGCAACCAAGAGACCAUUUUGAAACAAAGCCGCCACCAUACCCUGGAAAUGGAUCAGGCAUGCCAGCCAAUAUGACUGAAAGAGGAGUUAAUCCCCCUGCAUAUAGCAAAGACGUCCCUCAGUGAAUCUUUGAAAAUCAAUGAAAUAAGUCAGAAAAGUCUUCUUUUAAUUAAAGAAAAAAACAAACAAUCUUUUAUUUACUGUAGAUUCCUAAUUAUACUCGAGGAAUUAAUUAUCGCAUAAUUUCGUUAGAGGCAACACUCAUGAAAUAAAAUUACUCACUUUUAUUUUUAUGGUGCUGAAAUCCAUGUAAAUUCUAUUGAUAAAGCAUCCAUUCUCGAAUUAUUAUUCUUGCAAUUUGACGUUAGAGAGCCAUCUCGCGAUAAUAAGUUCUCGCGAAAAAUAAGGAAUCUACAGUAUAUGACGUAUAUGUAUUAUUUUGAAGUAACCAUUACCGAUAUAUAGAGAAAAAUUCGACAUUAAAGUAGAUUGUUAUGUACUUUUAUUUUGAAAAAUUUCCUUUUUUUAAUCAGGUGUUAUUGUGUUUUCAAAAUGAUUUUUGAACUCUGUUUUUGUAUCACUUUUUAAAGUUCAUUCUUUGAGCAAGAACAUUUUUUAUAGUUAUCAGUCUUUUAUAAUCUUAGCCUUAUUAGCACAGUUUACCUUUGGUGUGCAAAAUAUUCUUGCAUUCACCUCCAAUAUAUUUGUAAGUUAAUGACUUUUCAUUUCGUACAUGUACAAUUUACAAUUUAGGUGUAAAUGAUUGCAAGGCAGUUAAAUUUUUCUUAUCUGUAUAAGAUAUAGAGAUUUAAUCAUUGAAUUAAUUUUACAAGUUUAAGUUCUUAUUUGUUUUGCAAGUAUCUCAGAUAAUAGACAUUGGUAACCUGGAAAUACAUUAUACAUCAUGUAUCUACAUGUACAUAUAUCGCUACAUAAUAAUGACAUACACUGUAAUGAUUUUAAUUGCCUUAAGAACAAGGUUGUGAAAAAAGUUGAAAAUAGAAAAAAAAUCAUAUAACUCGGUGAUAUUAGAAUUUUACCUAUUUUAAAGACUUCAAGUGGUAUUUCGAAGUUUAUUAUCACAACAAUUUAAUUAAGUUUAUAUAAUAUUUUUUUGGGGGUUUAUUUUGUCCCUUACUUGUAAUCAGUGCAUUACCUUAAAUUAUAACAGGCGUAGAUCAUAGAAAAUCAUAUUGAAUAUCAUUCCAAAGACUUAUGAAUGUAAUUUAUUUAUUUUCUGAACAAAUUUACCAAAAAGAACCCUUUGAAAGUACUGUGGAAUCACACAAAUUUCCGUUGGGGUUAAAUUUUCGUUGUUUUCUUAGUGUGAAGAGACCCACAAAUAAUAUAUGUCCACCACGAAAUGUAAAAUGUUACAUACAUAACUACUCAACAAUUCUUCACCCACGAAAUCAAAUCCCCACAAUCCAAGAGGUUUUUUUCUGAAACAAGGAAAAUGCGGUAAUGACGAAUAUUUGAUGGAGUUAUACUGUAUACUAAGUAUAUAAUUAUGUUCUAAAACAGGCCAGGGGGAUAUCUACAGACUUUAUAGCACUGAAUAUUUUCAUAAGCCAUGACGUUACAUGUUUGAUAAGAAAUCACGAAAAUGACGUAAAUUUAAAAUUUCCAUAAUUGUCCAUUGACUCGAUAAAAUAUGUGAUUUUCCAGUACUCCUUAAGGAUAUCAUUUCUCAGUUCUGCAUAUCUCUAAUUUUCUCAUUACUUAAGGACCAAAAAACGGCUUUCAGGUCUGCAAAAAACCCUUUACAAUCAAAUAUUAUAAAGGAGUCACACGUCAUAUUGUUCAGAGAAAAUCUUUUGUUGUCGGGCCAUACUAAUUUAAUAUUUUCUGAUCGUACUUUGCUUAAAGCCUGCUGUUUAGCUCAGAUUCACAAGGAAUAACUUAUUUAAAAAUAGAUAAUAUUUAUACAGAAGAAUUGCAGUUCAUGUGUUUUGUAUGCUGUUGUCUGAUCUGAAUUGUGUAUGUAAAUUGAUAUUCUCUCUCUCCCCCCUCCCCCCCCCCAAAAAAAAAUCUGAAUGAAGAAAAAGGGCACACUGUCAUACACGUUUUUUGUGAUAUGAUGGGGGGAAAAAUUGCAAAACCUGUAGGUAAAUAAGAAUGUACAGAUUCAAAAUCUAAAAACAUACAGUAUAUAUAUAGUUUACAUUAUAUAGCAAAUGUUUAAAAUAAAUUGCAGCAGAUGUGGCCGGUUAACCGGGAAUACUUUCUCCUCCUAGACAAUCAGGGGUCAGUUUCUUUUGAAUGGAUCGUGAUUCGUUUUAUUUAUUGGAUAUGUUUAGUAAUCCUCAUCCUAAACAUUUAGUAAUUGAUUUGUAAGUCAUAUUGAGUUUUAAAAUUCUUUCAUGACAAAAGGAAAUGUAUCUUAAUUGAAAGUUAUCUUUGUUAUCUGCUAUUAAUACUUGCCUUUUUAAGCAAGGGAUCAAUUGGUGUCUUGUAAUUUUUGUCACUUGGUGGUGAUACAGUUUUACUUUCGUUGUUAAGGUAAUGUAAAACAAAUGUUAACAUUAUGACGACCAUUAUUAUUGUUCUAAUUUACAAGUUAUUUCAUUUUUAGAGUGCAUUUCUUUUUGUUGUUGUCAGUAGUUACCAUAAAAGUAAUCUAUUUGUCUCAGAGUACAAUAAUAUAUCUUGUAACUUAGCAAAAUUUUCUUCAUCUUAUGCAUUUUUUAUGCAAAGUAAUUAAACUUUUGGGAAAAAGAGACGUUGUCUGUUAUUUAUAUGCAUUUUCAUU